AUGCUGGUGCCUGAAAAGAAGGUCAAGACUUCUCCUCUCAGCUGCGACACACCAACGCGCACAAUCCUACAUGAGGUCAGCGGUGUCUUCGAGGCCGGCAAGUUCACUGCCAUCAUGGGGACGAGCGGAGCUGGUAAGACGACCUUGCUCAACGCGGUGGCGGGCGAGGCUUCGGGAGGGAAGCUGUCAGGAGGCGUGAGCUUCAACGGUGCGCAAGUUAACUCAGAUCACAUCCGUCGACUUCGCGCGUUUGUGUUUCAAGAUGAUGUCAUGAUGGGGACGAUGACUGUGAGAGAAGCCAUCACCAUGUCCGCAAGGCUGCGGCUCCCCGCGUCGAUCCCCUUGACCGAGAAGCUGAAGCGAGUGGAGGAAGUGAUCGAGCUGCUGCAUCUCGACAAGUGCAAGGACAGCGUGAUCGGGUACGCGAAAGAGCGAGGCAUCUCCGGGGGCGAGCGGAAGCGAGUGGGGAUAGCCAUGGAGCUUAUCACCAACCCCUCCGUCAUCUUCCUCGACGAGCCCACCUCAGGGCUCGACUCUCACACAGCUCACAGCGUCUGCAAGACGCUAAAGGAGCUCGCCAAGGCUGGACGGACUGUAGUGGCGACGAUCCACCAGCCCUCCUCCGACAUCUUCCACAUGUUCGACAACCUCCUCAUCCUGGCCCAUGGCAAGAUCUUGUACCAGGGUCCCUCCCGCGACUGCACGCCUUACUUCGCGGCCCGAGGCAGUGAGUGCCCGCGGUACACGAACCCGGCGGACCACAUCUUCAUGAAGGUGCUCAACGACCAGGACGCCAUCACUGAGGAUGAGAAGCAGUUGGCCACUGCCCGCGUGCAGUCUCUCCUCAACGAGUACGUGACCUCCGGCACUCUGUCGCGCAUGGAGGAGGCGGCGGCAGCUCCUGGACCAGGGGUGUCAGGGUCAGGACAAGAGAAGGGAGCAGGAGUGAUGACAGAGCUGGCUGUCCUCUUCACUCGAGCUCGCAGGAAUGCUGUCCGCAACCGCAUGAUCCUACGAGCCAAGAUAGGACAGUCGAUGUUCAUGGGCCUACUGGUCGGCCUCAUCUACCGAAACCUUCAGACCAAUCAGAAGUCCAUCCAAGAUCGCAACGGGGCGCUUUUCUUUGUCUCAGUCAACGUCACGCUCUCAGCUGCCUUUGGAGUCAUCUCCGCGUUUGGCGUCGAGCGGACUGUCUUCGAACGCGAGAGAAGUGUGGGCAUGUACAGCACGCUGUCUUACUUCCUCUCAAAGAUCCUCGUUGAGCUCCCGCACAACGUUAUUUUCCCCUUCCUGCAGUCCACCAUUGUCUAUUUCCUCCUCAAUCUGCAGCAGGCGGCAGACAAGUGGAUCAUAUGGGCCAUGAUAUUCGUGAUCUUGAACAAUGUCGGCAACUCGCUCGGCAUCAGUAUCGCCUGCAUGUUCGCGGAUCUAGAGAUGACGAUUCAAGCUGCUCCGAUCUUCAUUCUUCCUCUUAUGCUCUUCAGCGGCUUGUUUGUCAAUCAGACGGGGAUCCCGGUCUACUUCAACUGGAUCAAGUACAUCUCGCCCAUGAAAUACAGGUGGGAUAGGAGAGGGGCAGAAGAG